AUGAGCCAGGGGUCCAGUCCAGCGCGGAGGCUCUACGGAGUGCGCCCCAUGGAAGGGGCGGGACCGGAGCUACUGGGGGCGGGCCCGUGGGCGAGGGCUCUUCAGAGUGCGCCCUGCGGAAGGGGCGGGUCCGGGGCGGAUGGGGGCGGGUCCGGGGCGGAUGGGGCCGGGCCCGCGGGCGGGGCCCUUCCUGCGCAGGCGCUCCUCCAGGUCGGGUCCGGGGGCGGGGCCGUCCCGGGGGCGUGGCGGGCCCUUUCAGUGCCUCGGCGCCACAGCUCCGGGCUCUAG